CUUCCAGCGAAACGAUGACGUUGGAUCUGCGGGAAACCACCAGCGGCAUCGUCGGUGCCGUGUUCAACGUGUACGCAGGCCUACCUUUCGACGUAGUCAAGGUCCGUCUGCAGACACAGGGCGCGUCCACGCCGCACUACAAUGGCCUCAUGGACUGCUUUGCCCGCACGGUGCAGCAGGAAGGAGUCCGAUCGCUGUGGAAAGGUGCACUCCCAGCACUCUCCAGCGCCAUCGUCGAAAACUCGGUGCUCUUCACGGCCAACGGAGCGCUGAAACGAUUGUUUUUCGAGCGCGGCGACACCCUCUCGACGCUGGACGAAGCGCUCGUGGGGUCUGCGUCCGGCUUGUUUUCCGCGGCCGCGAUCACGCCGGCCGAAGUCAUCAAGUGCCGGCUCCAGACGUACGCCCAUGCUGGUUCCAUGGGCAUUUGGCGAUGUACGAAGAACAUCGUCCGCGAAAGCGGCGUGAUGGGGCUCACAGCCGGCCUCGGCGCGGUCGUGUUACGAGACGUCCCGUUCAACUUUUGUUUCUUUGGCAUGUACGACUAUUAUACGGCGAAAUGCAUGGACGUAUUUGGCGUCGAGUCGAGACGGGAGCUGCAUCCGUUGGCCGUGCUCGUGUCCGGAGGCUGUGCGGGUGCCACGUCAUGGACCGUCGUGUUCCCCGCCGACGUCAUCAAAUCACGACUUCAAGUGGACGCGACGCUGACGUUCCGAAAGGCCGUUCGAAACGUGUGGCGGGUACAUGGCCUCGUGGGAUUUUACCGCGGGUGGAGCUCGGCGGUCUUGGGCAGUUUUCCAGCCGACGGGUGUUUGUUUCUUGGUGUCGAGAUGACCCAUCGGUUGUUUGCACAUUUUGAAGACAACAAUGUAUGAUAUAACUAGUACUUACUAGACGA